AGCUUUACUUGUUUUGUGCCUUUUGACCAGAUACAAAAUAACAAAGCCAUAAUGUUGAUUAAGAUUUUAAAUCAUAUGACUAGAAGUAACACUGGUUUUGUAUUGAGAGGUAUAAGUCAACACUUUGGUCAAAGGCUUGAUAUUGGUGGGAUUUUUCCUCCCAUUGCUACUCCGUUCACACAAGAGGGGGAUGUGGAUUAUCAAAGCCUAGAAGAAAACCUGCAGCAGUAUGGUAAUUUAUCUUUUAAAGGUCUUGUUGUUCAAGGCUCUAAUGGCGAGUACCCAUAUAUGACAUCAGAGGAGCGAAUAGAUGUAGUGAGGAAAGUUAGAGAGGUUCUCCCCUCAUCUAAACUGGUAAUGGCUGGAUCUGGCUGUGAAUCCACCAGAGAGACAAUCAAACUGAGCAAGAGUAUGGCCAGUGCAGGUGCUGAUUGUGUGCUUGUAGUAACACCAAGUUUUUAUCAUGGUAAAAUGGACACGAGUGCACUCAUUCACCACUAUACACAGGUGGCAGAUUCCAGUCCUAUACCUGUUGUGCUAUACAGCGUACCAGCUAACACCUUUCUUGAUCUGCCUGUGGAUGCAGUGGUGCAGUUAUCUCAGCAUCCAAACAUAAUUGGUAUCAAAGACAGUGGUGGAGAUAUUACCAAAAUUGGACUGAUUUUACACAAGACAAGAUCACAGGAUUUUCAAGUGUUGGCAGGGUCAGCUGGGUUCCUCAUGGCUGCAUACUCAGUAGGUGCUGUUGGGGGUGUGUGUGCUUUAGCAAAUGUCUUAGGUCAGCAAGUAUGUGAGCUAGGAGAGCUAUGUAAAUCUGGUCAAUGGGACAAAGCCAAGGACCUUCAAUAUCGUCUUAUUGAACCAAACACAGCGGUGACUAGGAAGUUUGGUGUUCCUGGUCUAAAGAAGGCAAUGGAGUGGUUUGGGUAUAAUGGUGGUGUGUGUCGCUCGCCUUUGCAGCCUCUGUCCGAAGUACAGAUAAAACAGCUUCGAGCAGACUUCUCCUCUAAUGGUUGGUUGUAAAAAUCCAAAAAGUUGGAACAGUAUAGAAAAUUUAAUUAAGCAUUUCUUUUAUUUCAUUGCAGACAGUAUGAACCCAAGAUAUUUUAAGUUAAACUUUAUUUUGGGAGCACCUGAUCUAAUGAAAUAAAAUGUAUUUUAAAUUAAA